AUGGCGGCGCCGCCCGAAACUUCGCAGUUCGAGUCAACUGAAACGCUGGCAACGUUUGUGGCGGCGACGCCGCUGCUGGAGGAGUCGUGGCGGCUGUGCAGCCGCGCCGACGCCGCCGCCACACACCACGGGAGCUUUGCGGUGAACAUUGUGGGGCAGGUGGCGUACGUGGCUUUCUCCGCCGUGCAAGUGGUGGCGGCGGCGGCGGCUGAGGAGGAGAAUCUGGUGGAGCUGGAAAAUAGUAAGGGGGUUUUCAGUUCAUCAUUUGUUGAGAGGGGAUUAUCAAAACCCAAGUACAUUCGAAAAAAUGCAUGCAGAUUUUGGAAAUCUCGAACAAAUGCAAAUCGAUUAUAUUUACCGGUCGCUUCGCUCUCGACCCUUUGGCUCCUUUCACACGAUAUUCAAACCCCCAUUUUAUGCAUCACCUACGGUUCGCCUCUCCUCGGAAACGAGCCCUUCUCACAAGCCAUUCUCCAACAAAGAUGGUCCGGAAAUUUCUGCCACAUUGUACUUAUUCCAAAAAUGCCAUCGUUAUUCGACGAAGUGUCGGAUAUUAUUAUUGACGAUCAAGAAACGAAGAAUACGAUGAGUCCAUAUUGGCCUUUUGGGAGCUAUAUGUUUAUCACGGAAAACGGGGCGAUCUGCUUGGAUAACGCAACGGCUAUUGUGGAGUUUCUUCGCUUGACAAUGACUCGUGAGGGUUUCUGUAAUAACCCUAAUAACUCAUGUGUUGUUGAGGAUGGUCUCAAGUGUAAUUUUUCGGAACAAGAGAUUUAA